AUGGCUGAAUCAAAAAACUCCUCUUAUUUUAAGCCUUUUCUAUUUGGAGCGAUUGCUGGAUGCUCGGCUGCUGCUAUUAUUAUGCCAAUUGAUACACUCAAAGUGAGGAUCUAAAUCUAAAGUGAAAGUUUGGGUCUUGGAGUGCUCAACAUGCUCCAAAAGGAAGGAUUAAGGGGGUUUUAUUCAGGCCUUGGUUCGGCAUUAUUGAGACAACUGACAUAUACAACAACUCGUCUUGGUAUAUUCAGGAUAAUCACUGAUUCGGUUAAGAAACAAUAAUAACGUGAUUUGACAUUUUUUGAAAAAGUAGGGGCAUCUUCAUUAGCUGGAUUUAUUGGAGCUUUGGUAGGUAAUCCAACAGAUGUGUGUCUGAUCCGAUUUUAAGCAGAUCAAUCACUACCGAUUGAAGAAAGAAGGAAUUAUAAAAAUGCAUUUGAAGCCUUGACAAGAAUAUAUCGAGAGGAGGGACUAAUUGCUUUUUGGAAGGGAUCUAUGCCGACUGUAACAAGAGCUGUUGCAAUAACAAUUGGAUAGCUAACAACAUAUGAUUAGAUCAAGUAGAUGAGUAUGCAAUUCAAAGAUUCUAAAAAUGAAACUGCGUUCGAUAGGAUCAUGGCAUCAUGUGGAGCUGGGAUCAUCUCUUCAAUAAUUUCUUUGCCUUUUGACAAUGUGAAGACUAAACUUCAGAAGAUGAAGUCCUUGCCAGAUGGUUCAAUGCCCUACCAAGGUGUGAUAGAUUGUUUUAUAAAAUCUAUACAAAGAGAGAAACUGGUUGGAUUAUGGGUUGGAUUAUUAGUUUAUUUUUCUAGAGUGGCACCUCAAUCAAUCAUGAUUUUAUUGAUAUAAGAUUUUCUCCAUCAAAAGUAUGGUAAGAAUUGA